AUUUGAACCUCUCGGGGGUACCAAAAUGAUGUGUUAAUGCGGGAUGCGUCUGCUUUGUUCCUUCUCCCCGCCAAUUGACGUUGGGUGAAGCUUUCCGCUUUUAUAAUUAGCACCUGAUUGGCGCGUUUGCCCAUCCAAGGAUCAGAUCAUCAACUGAGGAUCCACAAGCUGAGGUGUAUACCCCGUGAUCAACCUCCAUAUUGCCUUGGGACGAUCUUCAGAGCUUCAUUUUCAUUUACCAAACAUCUACCACGAUGCCAACGGCAGAGGAAGAGCGGGCCAUUGAGCUUGCACAACAAGCAGCUCAAAGCGUCAAAUCACGCCACCUAACUGACGCAGCCCGCUUUCUCCGCGAAGCGACUACUCUAGCACCAGAACUCCCCCAAGUAAAAGCAGGAUGGGCGGCCUUGAAAGAGGAGGAGCAGCGCUCACCACUGAUAGGCAUUUGUAGGGACUGGGCUCGGACUCGGGACGAGGCGGAUGGAGAAAAAGCGCUCAGGUUAGUCAAAGGGCAGGCCCUGUCGAGGAAGAACGCGGAGGAGGCUUUCGAGAUUCUGCUGGCUUUCAAGGGCGAUGACGAUAUCUUGGAUGAGGUUACGGGUGAGUUGCUGGCGAAUCCCGGUGCGCAGUUUGGGCUCGCGAAGGCCAUUGUGGAGCACCCUACCGCGACAUAUUACACGCUUUUCGAAAGAGGAGAUGACAGCGUUGCCGGGUUGCUGAAGACGCUGUUGAACCGCGAUGUGUGGCCUUCCGAGGAGGCGUUUGUGAAAGGCCAUCGGGAUUGCUUUAUGCUUUCGCUGGCCAUGAUGAUGGAGGAGGCGCUGGACCAUCCGGAGCGGGCCAUGAAGGGUGUCGCGAAUCUUCUUGCUGCGCAUGCGGAGCAUCUCAAGGGGAUCAUUGAUGCCGACAGCUUCAAUGUUAUUCUGGAGUCGCUCGAUAUACGUGUUUCGACGGACUUGAGGAGUCAUGCGACUCUCGCGACGGUCAAGCUGAUGGAACUCGCGCCGGAGACUGCACAGGACCUCAUCACCAAGUUUGUCACUUCACGAGUCGAAGAUGCGACUGCGGAUCGUCUAAUCAUUGCUUUCUCGGCAGCUGCUGCUAUAUUCCCCAUCGCGGUGACUGCUGCGGCGGCUCUAUUCCUCACCGACGGAUUCAUCAGCACUCUGGUCCCCCUGGUGCAGAGCAAAAAGAGUCACAAGCUCGAGCAAGCCGCUCUGGAACUCCUCAAUGCAGCCUGCGUUGACAAAGCAUGUCGUGAAGCCAUCACGCGGCAUUGUCAGGAAUGGCUGGAGGGACUGGUAGCGUCUUCCACAGAUAAACACAGAGCCAAUCUCGCAGCCGUCAUUCUCGUGAAGCUGCUACAAGACCAAGAAGAUGCUCCGUCUGGCGCCUCAGCACGCCCAUCAAUCAUGGUACCCGGGAAACCUCAUCACGACGACCUCAUCGAUCGCUUCAGGAACAUGAUCAUCUCUCCGGAAACGCAAUCCAAGCGCGACUCCAUCGAAGGCCUCGCCUUUGCCUCGCUGCGUCCCCAAGUACGCGAAACCCUAGCCAACGACGCCCCCUUCCUCCGCGCCCUGAUCGCCGCCAUGAAGAACCCCUCCAAUCCCCAGGUGCUCUUCGGCGGCCUCUCCAUCUUCGUCAACCUAACUGCCUACCAACCCCUCCAAUCCGAAGAAGAGAAGCGCAUGGCCCAACUGAAAGCCUACGCCAACACGCAAAAGCCCGCCCCGGAGAACCCCUUACUCGACGAACCCCACGCCACCGCUCGCUGCAAACGCGUCCUCGACGCAGGCAUCAUGCCACUCCUCGUCUCCGUCUCCAAGAACGCUUCCCCGGGCGUAUUAACAUCUACCGUACGCAUCAUCUCGUCCCUCUCCCACGCGAAGCCUCACCGUGGGCCCCUCGCCCAACAAGGCGCCAUCAAACUCCUCCUAACCAUCCAGUCGCACAUGACUACAAACUCAUCCUCCAUCCCCUCGACCUCCCUAACCCCAACCCUCACAACAGCCGCCCACGCCCUCGCCCGCAUCCUCAUCACCACAAACCCCACACACAUCUUCACCGCCGCCCUCCCCUCCACCACCGCCAUCCGCCCGCUCGUCUCCCUCCUCAUCCCCGGCGAAAACCCCCCCGCAAACUGGCAACUCCACGCCUUCGAAUCGCUCCUCGCCCUCACCAACCUCGCCUCCCUCGACAACGCGACCCAAAACACCAUCAUCCGCACCGCCUUCGACACCGUCAACGACGACCUGCUGCUCAGCGAGAACACGCUCGUCCGACGAGCCGCCACCCAGCUCAUAUGCAAUUUGAUGGCUGCGCCCGAGGGCAUCGCGAAGUUUGCCGAUCCGGCGGAUAGCCAGGCGCCUAGGCGAUUGUUCGUUUUGCUCGCUAUGGCGGAUUCGAUGGAUGGGGAGACGAGGAUCUUGCUGGAGUAGGAGAGAGAGGUGGUUCGGGUGGAUGGGGGAUUAUAGCGGUUGGGUUUGAGGCGAAUAUGUUUUCAUCACAGCGUUUCAGUGUAUAUUAGUGUACUCCGGAUUUAGGUAGCAUGAUCAUGCACAGCGGUACA